GACAUCUCCCUCGUACCAUCUAUUCUGUUGUUGCCCUUGUUUCUCAUAGAGCCGCUCCCAUAUUCUGCUCGCAAUCGCAGAUUUUAAAUCAACUUUUAUUUUGGGGUGCUCUUCGAAAGGUUGCACAAUGCAGUCAAACGAGGCAUCUUCUUCCAUGGAAAUUGAAGCUACCCUAUCUGAACUCAAACUUUUGCCACCAAAGCCAAAGUUUGAGCCUUUGAAACCUCAUGAGAUGUCUGAUGGUCAGGUUCAGUUCCGCAAAGUGUCUGUUCCACCGCAUCGUUAUACCCCUCUGAAGAAAGCUUGGAUGGAUAUCUAUGCUCCCAUAUAUGAACAGAUGAAGAUUGACAUACGCAUGAAUUUAAAGGCUCGGAAAGUUGAGCUGAAAACAAGGCGUGAUACACCUGAUAUUAGUAACCUGCAAAAAUGUGCUGAUUUUGUGCAUGCUUUCAUGCUUGGUUUUGAUGUCAUAGAUGCCAUUGCUCUUCUGCGUUUGGAUGAGCUCUAUGUUGAGUCCUUUGAGAUCAAGGAUGUUAAAACACUUCGAGGUGAUCACUUGUCCCGUGCUAUUGGAAGAUUAUCUGGUAAAGGUGGUAAAACAAAGUUUGCAAUAGAGAAUGCAACAAAGACAAGAAUUGUGAUUGCUGACACCAAAAUUCACAUAUUGGGAUCUUUUUCCAACAUUAAGAUUGCCAGGGAUUCUCUUUGUAGCUUAAUCCUGGGAUCACCAGCAGGAAAAGUAUAUUCCAAACUAAGAGCAGUUACUGCUAGAUUGGCAGAAAGGUUUUGAUCCUCUCUUAAUCGUGGCAUUGUAGGAACUUUUUCCUGUUUCUGUUUCCAUAGAUUUUUCUGUAAUUUCUUUUUGAGUAUUGUAUGGAAGCCCCGCCACUGUGGUUGCUUAAUUUGAUUCAAUUAAGCUAUUUGUUAAGUUAAAAUCAAGUUAUGAAUGUAAGAGCAUCGCUUGGAAGUGAAGUUUUGCCUAUGAACAUUAAUACAUUAUUGUAGAGUUAUUUAUUAAUGUUUAUUGCUUGAUUGUUACGGAAAUA